AUGACAAUAAAAUGCGCCGAGCCAGCUAUAAAUACAUUUCGAACAGAAAUGGACAGAUUUCGUGCUUUUAAUCAUAAAUAUUUUGAUCGAGCAAAUCGUCAUGGAGAAUUGCACAGCGGUGUUCCAAAAACGUCUACUUCUGGCACAAAUUUAUUGUUUUUGGUCUUUGUCAUAUUCGCGACUUUAUUACCAGCAAAGCUACGCAUAAAAGAGCGUUCACGUUCAAAUACUACAGAUAUCAAUGAUCCAGAAAAUUUGGAUUAUGAAGAAGAAGAAUUUAAUGGUACGUACAACAACAACAGAAAUCAUGAAGAAUUGAAUAAAAAUUCAUCAGAUGUUGGGAUGGAUACAGAAAAUUUGUUAUUAACAAAUGAUGAGAUCACGCAUGAGGAAGGGGAAAUGCCAUAUGUUGGAGAAGAAGAGAAAGAUAUGGAUAUGGCUAAGGAUGCAAUGAAAACGAAGAAAAAAGUUAGAGAAAAAACACAAUCAACGACAAAGAAAGAUUCCAAAACAGCAAAAUCGGUUGAUAAGAACAGUGAAGAGAAAAUAGAGCGUGAUGAUGAAUCAGGACAAGAUGAAGAGGGUGAGUUAAAUAGUAAUCAUGAAGCUAGUAAUCAGGAUAUACCGACUGGCAGUGAUGAAGGCGAAGUGGAUGAAGCCGAUUUAGAAGAUGGUGAAAUUCAUGAGACAUUAACGAAAAAACAAUCACAACCCCAUACACAACAUAGACGGCAUGCUCCACCAAUCCGUCCACCAUCUAUUCAGCAUUCUUUACUUCAUCAACGUGAACAACAACAAUCUUUAUCAAAUAGUAUUUCACAUAUGCCAUUAUCAUCUCAACAACAAAAAGUUCAUUGCCGAUUUUUUCUACAAGGCCGUUGCCAUUGGGGGGCAAAUUGUAAAUAUAUGCAUCCCAAUAUGAAUGAUACAAAAAACCAGUCACCAUUUGAGCAAUCAAUUGUUACAUCUCGCAAUACGAGUUCUCCACCAUCAUCUGCUGCUAACGUAUGGAUAUCGCCACAAUCAGCAGCUACAGCAAUCUUUGGCAAUUCAUCAAUUGUUCGAAAUGUUGCCGCUAUUGCUGCAGCAGCCGCGGUUGCAACACAACAGCAAGCAUCAGCAGCAGCUGCUACGACAUCAAGUACUGAAUCAGCAUGGGAACGGGGACUUCGAAGCGCGAAAACGCUCCGCGAACAAUCAAUGAGACGAAAACAACAAGAUAAAGAUUUUAACGAUAAAAAAUUUAAUUUAACAUUGAAAGACGCUAAUGAAGAAAAAGAUCUAGAUGAAGAAUUAGUAAAUGUUGAAAGACCACGAGCUGAUUAUGAUGAUGUUAUAUAUCAUAAUAAUUAUGAAGAGAGAUGGCAAAUGCAUCAGCAUCCAAAUUCAUAUAAUUAUCACAAUCACGGUCACAUACCACAAAGAAUGAGACAUUUUGAUCCAGAUCAAAUGGAUCGCGGUGGUGGUCCUAGUUUUAUGCCUUACAAUCAGGAUCGUCGAAUACGUCAUCUGGACCAUCACGUCGAUAAUAAAGGAAAUCGUAAAGAAAAAUUGAAAGACAGCAAAACGUUAGUAAAGAGCAAGGAUCCAUCAAAAAAAUCUCAUCAUUCAUCUCAGUUUCCUGUUCCAUUACCUCAACGUCAUUUACAACAGCAACAUCUAGAUGACGAACAUCAACAGCACCAACAACAACAGCUUUCGUCAAUGGCUAGGCGUGCGGAUGAUUGGGUAGAUCCGUGGGACAGAUCUCAAAAUAAUCGUCGAAAUGCCUCUCGUGGCAGAGAAAAUUCCUAUACAUCGUCCAGUGCAUCGUCGUCAAGAUCAAGUCGACCAAGACGGCGUUCACCUUCGGUAACACGUUCGAAACCUGCGAGACAAGAAAGCGUGAAAAAUGGUGAAAAGCAUUCAUUAACUUCAAAUGUUCCAUCUACAUCAGCUUCACUUACUGGUGAGAAUCAAAAUACAAGUAAAAAGCAGCCAACUUCAUCAACUGUAAAUUCAAACGAACGUCAUAAAACAGCAACAAAUCAUCAUUCAUCAUCUCAACAAUUAGGAAAAAAAGUGUCACCGAAUGAAAAUCGAUCAAUAAAAUUUUUACCGGGACGAACAAUUUCUAGUCACACAUUAAAGAAAGCUGAAAAAGCCGAUCGUUUAAAAACAAGUCAUCAUCAAUUAAAUCCACAAACCCAUCAUCAAUCACAAAAGGAACAAUCACUAAAUAAAGAUAAUAAUAACGAGAAAAAAACAAUCAAAAAAGAUGGAAAACGAUCGGACAGCAGUAGUUCAGGAACAUCAUCAUCGUCCUCUGCUAGUUCAUCACGUGUUCGACCGAAAGCAGUUUCAUCUACUUCUUCAUCGCGUAGUUCCAGCUCUGAAAGUGAUGGAAAGAGUAAAAAUCGUCCAGUAAAAGAAAAUGCAACAAAUAGCAAUAAAUUAGUUAACAGUCAUACAAAACCCACAAUCAGUAAACAAGUGUCAUCAUCAAAUCGAAUUAAAACCUCUCAGAAAGAGCCAACUUCAUUGAGCCAUACAAAAUCAACAACAUCCAAUCGCUCAGGAACCGAUAAUAAAGAUGCUAGUAAUCCGAAAUCUUCAAUAUCACACAACGAUAAAAAACGACGUGAUACAUCAUCUUCUAGUUCAACAACAACAACAAAAAAGUUGAAAACAAUUAAUCAUACAACAGGGGAAAAAAAACGAUCAUCGCCACAACCAUUGCAAACAUCCCUUUCUAGUAAAAAAAAACAAAAACAAAAAAUUUUAAAAAAAUUGCAAGAAGUUGAAAAAUUAAUUAGUCAGCGAACAACAAAAACUUGA